CCGAGCUGGCGGUGGGCGACCUGGGCUCGCUGCGCGCCCUCCUCUCCGGGCGGCGGACGCGCGGCACGUCGCUCGCGGCCCAGCUCGACGCGCGGCUCGACACCGAGAAGCAAGACACGCUGCUCACCUGGGCCGCUCGCCACGGGCAAGCCGAGGCGGUGCGGCUGCUGCUCGAAGCUGGCGCGAGCGUCGGGGCGACGACGGGCGGCGGCCGCGGCGGCUCCGGAGGGCCACCUCGAGUGCGCCGCGCUGCUUCUCGAGGCUGGCGCGGCGGUCAACCAAGCCAACGCCAGAGGCGCCACGCCGCUCUUCAUCGCGUGCCAGAACGGCCACGUCGAGUGCGCCCGGCUGCUCCAGCAGGCUGGCGCAGCGGUCAACCAAGCGAUGGACGGCGGCGUCACGGCGAUGCUCAUGGCGUGUCAGAACGGCCACCCCCCGUGCGUCCGGCUGCUUCUCGAGGCCAGUGCGGCGGUCGGCCAAGCCAUGAACAACGGCGUCACGCCGCUGUACAUCGCGUGCCAGGAGGGCCACCUCGAGUGCGCCGCGCUGCUUCUCGAGGCUGGCGCGGCGGUCAACCAAGCCAACGCCAGAGGCGCCACGCCGCUCUUCAUCGCGUGCCAGAACGGCCACGUCGAGUGCGCCCGGCUGCUCCUCGAGGCCAGCGCGGCGGUCAACCAAGCCAACACCAGAGGCGCCACGCCGCUGUACGUCGCGUGCAAGCGCGGCCACGUCGACAUCGCCCGGCUGCUUCUCGAGGCCAGCGCAUCGGUCAACCAGGCCUCGAACCAAGGCGCCGCCCCGCUGCUCAUCGCGUGCCGCAACGGCCACCUCGAGGUCGCCAAGCUCCUCUCCUCCUACGGCGCCUCCCGCGCCGCUACGCUCUUCGGCACGCCCGAGGAGAUUGCAAACAGCCGCGGCCACGCCGACCUCGCCGCCUGGCUGGUCGCCAGCCGCGGCUGGACGCCGCUCGCGCACCUUGAGAGCCUCACCACCGCCCGCGCUCUCUCCCUGCUGCGCAGCAGCGCAAGCCUGCACGAGGGCGAGCCGACGCCGCUGCAGCGCGCCGCGGGCGGCGAGGGCGAGGCGGCGGCGCUGAUCCGGCGGGCGGCGGCGCCGUGGUCGUCGGCAAGCCACUCGCUCUUCCCCGCGGCGGCCCGCGCGCGGGCGGCGCUCCUCGUCCUCUCGCUCUACGAGAUCCACGAGCGGCACCAUCUCGACUCGGCAGGAAACACGAACGGCAUCGCGGCGCGCGACUUUGUCGCGUGCGUGCUGCGCUUCGCGAUCACGCGCGAGACGGAGUAGCGGAGCACUGCAGUGGCCCUGCUCUCCCCUUGGAACCGCCGCGACGGUCCCUCCUCUGUUGUUUAGUGCUCAACUGGAUCGGACUGUGUGCCGUCCGUUUUAUCUCGCGCAGCGUACGUACAUUC